AAACGACGAAACUUGACUCGUCCAGCUGGGGUGACAGCUGCAGUUCUUAUGCCCGCGCCAGGCGAGACGCAAACUUCUGUCCCUCUGAAACAGCGCAACUUGACUCGACCAGAUGCACCGGCGCCAACUAUGAACCAGCAAACUGGCGCGCCAAUUGAUCUGCCCACUGUGCAGCGAAACAUGAGCUGGCCACCUCACCCUGCGGCGCAGGGAGCAACAGAUGCAAUGCCCAACAAGCAACGGAAUAUGACCCGACCACCCCUUCCAGGCCCCGAUCCCACCCCAAGAAACAUGACCCGACCAACACUCCCUGUGCCUGAGGCAUCCUCCAGUCACAGUGGUGCGCCUUUGCUCAUCCCUCAGUUAGACAACUUUGAAUACAUCUGGGCUGAUCCUGAUUCGGUAAGGCAACAAUGUGAAGAGUUUCCCAGAAACAAGGAUGGUCAUGGGGUGAAGCACCGCCAAGAGUGGCUCAAAUCUGCUCUCAACCUACUUUCCCGGUGUAGGGACCCCCAACAAGUAUUGGAGCUGCUGCGCCGUCAAAAACACGAGGAGUUGUACCGACUUGAAAUGCAUCUCAGGGGCCUGGAACUCGCGGAGUUGGAGCUUCAGGAUGCUCGGAAGAGUAUUCGUGCUGCGGUGCCCAAGGGAGAGGGUCAAGAUGACAACUAA